AUGAAUUCUCUGGUGCAUCACGACGUCCUUGCCUCAGGCCUCAUCCGCAAGGAGACCGUGCUCGGAGGCUUGAUUCAACCGAGCAGCCAGAACGACACUCCUCCACAGACUACGACAAGGAGCUCUUCAACCCAACCCAACAGACGAGAUAGCAACAGUUCCGAGGAUUCCGAGAUCACGCGCCUAUUUCCAAAGUGUAAGAAGUCGUCGAUCCUCAGCAACGGGCAACUCAAACAAACACUAGUCGGAAAUAACGCAUUGUCGCAAAAACUCCGAGGACGUGGAGGAACUCGUUUUGACGAAGAAGGAAAUCGGACACUAUCUUGUCGAGAUCAGAAUCAGAAUCCUCAGACCGUUGGGGAGCAGCAUCGUUUAUCGCAAAAUUUGAACCAACUGGCAAACACAGAUAACACUCGGAGACCAAUGGAUCUCCACCGGGUCCACAACUCUGCACAUAAGCCACAUAAGCUUUUGCGGUCGUCUGACGCCCUCAUCAGUUCGCCGACGGACAACGAAAGCUUUCUGAUGGAACAGCAGCAGCAGCAACAUCAUCAUCAGCAGCAGCAACAACAACAACAUCUGCAGCAGCAACAGAGUCAACAACAAAACCAACAACACCAUCACCACUACCAUUUGCAUCAUCGAGAGAAAUCUGAUCGGAGCGGUGGUGGCGGUGGAAAUAGUACUAAUGAGCCACGAGAGGAAACUGUAAACAUCACCGAUAACCUCCUGAGCGAAGUGACGACGACACCCAGAGGUGGAGCUAGCCUCGACUCGGAUCUUCCACCCCUGCCGAAGGAGAGCCGGAACUCUCUCGGAGUCACUUUCAAAGGUCAGUGA